UUGGUAACAUAUGUCGAAUAUUUCAAUGUAUUUCGCGUUUGUUACAGUCUGAACUAGUUCAGAUCAAAAUAUUUUAAUCUGAACUAAUCCGUUUUGAAUAGUUCACAGAUCAAAAUUUUAUUUUGUCCUAGUUCGAAUCAAAAUUUUAAUCUGAACUAGUUGACUUCGCAAUUGUUUUAAUCUUAACAAGUUCAGAUCAAAAUUUCAAUUUAAACUAGGACAGUUUUAAACUGAACUGAAUUCUAAUCUAUCCUACGACAUAUUCUUUCACAUACAAUUGUCCAUGUCAUCGUAACUACAAACACACAUCUGUUAGUUAGAUGGUUACAACAAGACCUAUGCCAGUGACUACUGAACAACCACGUAGCCCUUGUGCACGUACAUGCUUGAUAACUAUCUUUUAUUAUAUCCGUCAUGUAUCCGGAAGUCUGAAAACAAGAAAAGGUCAGACUUGAAUCAUGAUGAUGUUUAUUAAAAACAAAAAAAUGGUAAUAAAUGAGUUGAACUGAAACUGAGCUAGAUCACAGGUAGACCUCUGUCGAUCAGGAAAUGACAUAAUCCCAAACAAUAACUAAUAAAUGGGAAAAUUCUAAAAGGUGCCAAUGAGCAGCAAUUGUCUCAAACACUGUUUAAAAAAACAUGCUUCUUAGUCAGCUUUUCUAUUCACUUGCGAUGCACGAUUUCUUCAACCGGUUUUUCUUAUUUUUAGAGCCUUUUUUUAUGAAACACCGUGGUGUACCACGAUUUUGAAACAAAAUUAAUUUGUUCUUAAAAAAAUUCACCUCGGUACACAGAGGUAUCAUAAGUCGCAGUGUAUCGUGAUAGAGAACAAAUCGCGUUUUCCAUGAAAAACCACGGAUUUGUUUACAUGAGUACUAACUGAACAAACUGCCUGGAUUCGUUUCUGCUUUCUUUCUUUUUUUUCCUUCUCUAAACCCAUGACUUUGUUAGAGAGUCAAAAGAGGCGAGCCAUUUUUUAAUUUUCUCAGUCCUUCGCCUUCACUCAGCAUCGAGUCCGAGACUAUGAAGCUGUUUUCUUUGUCGAAUUUAGAGUUACUAUUUAUAUCAUAAUUAACAAGACUUUAGUAGACCAACAACGGAUAUCAUUAUUAACAUUAUGCAAAGAUAAGAAAAUUCAGUAUGAUCAUACAUAUUUUUCGAACAAUAUUUCAUUAUUUUUAUUUAUGUUUAAAGAAAUGUUCACUUUUUAUUUUACUUACAUUUGUCACAAUGAUAUUCGUUUAUUCAUUUAAAUCAUCAUUUUAUAAUAUAUUCUAUGAUCGUAUUUCAUCAUCAGCCGUAAAUAUUUCACUCAAUUAUUCAAAGCAUGAAAAAUUGUUCAUUGAUGAAACGGAUCUGUUAGAUUUUAAACAUUCUUUACCCACCUUGUCACCAUCGGCAACGCACAUUCACCUGUUAAAAGAAAAUUAUUUUAAUACAACAAACUUAUAUUGCCAAUAUCCAAAAUUAAGUAUUGAUUCAAAAGAUAUAUGGAAUUAUUUGAGACCAGUGAAAAAGAAACAGCCGGAGUGUGAAAAAGUACAAAAUUGGGUGUACACAGACAAUGGUACAUUUCGUCUUUCACAAGAAGCAGUGCAAAAAUAUGGUCCAAUUAAUUGUUCUUAUCGCGCUAUAUUACGUGGUAAAAACGAUUUUUCAACAAUCGAAGAACCACCUCUGCUUGCGGUUGUGGAUAAAAUGCCCUUAGUGUCGGAUUUUUUCCGUGUCCAUUGUCGUGGACGUGACGGUUUAGUUUAUAGUAAUAUACAUUCAAGUAUUAAAUUUGAUGCCGAUCUACAUAUGCGACACAAAUUGAACCCAAUGGUGAAAAGACAUCUAGGUUAUAAUGUUCUAAUGUUUGGUUUUGAUUCUGUAUCACGAAUGACAUUCAUGAGAUUAUUACCAAAAACAUACUCAUUCUUAGUUUUUCAGUUAGGUGCUGUUGUUAUGAAAGGUAGGUAUAGUGCAUUUCAAAUGCGUCUGCUAGGCUUUCGUGAUCAACCUGUUGAUCACUAUGUACGGCCAUUCUUAAUGGUAGCGGAGAGUCGUAGAACAAGAGACGGGUUCUGUUUUGGUUCAAUUACUCGGUUUAAAAAUAUGUUAAAUUGGAUAAAAGAAUUCUUUGAAAUGUACCCUCCGUAUCAGCCAAAGUUUUCAUUUCUACUCCAUAAGCAAUAUUCUCAUGAUACAAAUAAUCUUUUGCCCUACGCCGAUGAUGAAGCAUUGGAAUUUCUUCAAUAUAUGAAUAAACAUGGCUAUUUAGAUAAUACAAUGUUAAUGAUAAUGACCGAUCACGGUGCUCGUUAUUCGCAGUUUAGAACAUCGUAUCAAGGAAAAUUAGAAGAGCGUCUACCCUUUAUGUCUAUUCGCAUGCCACCGAAAUUUCAACAACAGUAUCCCCAUCUCAUGCGUAAUUUACGUUUGAAUUCACAUCGUCUGACUACUCCAUUCGAUAUUCAUGAAACAUUUUUAAAUCUACUUGAUUUUCAUUCACAUCAAGGUGAAUAUCAAUCAAAAACAAAACGUUCCUACAGCCUAUUACAGUUGAUACCAGAAACACGUAGGUGUGAAGAGUCAGCUGUGGAAAAUCAUUGGUGUACUUGCUUAGAAUGGUCACACAUAUCACUGACAUCAUCUGUCAUUGAACAAUUUGGCCAGGCUGCCGUUCAUUUUCUUAAUUAUUUUGUACGUGACGUUAAAGAAAAAUGUGCACAACUGACACUAUAUCAAAUACUUAAAGCACACCAAGCAUCUAUCAGAAAUAAGAAAAAACAAUUCUAUCAAAUACAGUUUGAAACUCGACCUGGUAAUGGACAAUUUGAACUAACAGCAACUUACAAUCAGUCGACACAAACAUUUGAUAUAAAGAAAACAAGUCUAAGUCGAAUUAAUAAAUACGGUAGCACGUCAGCAUGUAUAGCGCACAAGCGGCCAGAAUUUAGAGAAAUAUGUUACUGUUCUAUGAAUGCUAAAAUGUCGCGCCACUCAUGA